AUAUUUUAGAAAGUCAGGAGUUUUUGUUCAAAACCAAAAUCAUGUUUACAUCCUACAUAAAGACUCUCAAUGAUAUGGUAUUUUCUACGUCUGAGAGCCCCGAGGAGCAGCCGAGUACUGGAGUCUUGGGCCGUAUUGGCAGCUGGCUGUCUCCAUGGAGGGGGAAUUCUCCAAAGUGCUCGGAUGGAAAUGACUUCUCAGCCUCUGGUCUCACGCAGAGAAGAGACGGUGAUCGCGAGAGUGAGGACUCUGUGAAAAUCCGAGCAGAGGAGCGACAGUGGCAGGAGAGGGAUACUAGUUCACUUGGCCUCUUUAAAGAGGUUUUCCCUUGUGAAGAGCGGGACGCCACGCAGUCUGCCCACAGAGACAACUCAGUUGUGUGCAGCGCUGAGACAGGAGAGGGCGGUGCACAGGAGGGGGAGCUUGGAGAGAGGUGGAAGCAGAGAACAGGGCAGGGCAAGGAGACAGGGGAGAACAGUAGUGCUCCUUCAGCAAGUGGGAAUCCUGAGAGGAAUGUCAGUCAUCUGACGCAUCCCUCGUCUUCGUCUAAACAGGGAGUGGCGUGGGACUUUGGCCAGGCCCACACCCAGCCACACGCACUGAGAAAAGCACAGGCUGAGACAGGUAGGAAGCUCCAUGUGUACCUGGAGGAGACUAGCGUGAUUCAGUGUGGCCAGAACGUCCACGAGGGAGAGGAAGUUGUUUGCAAAACUGUUAAAAAGAGCUUGCAGAUACUUCGGAAGUCAAAGUCAUCACAGAGUUUUGAUUUAGCAGCCAGCUCAACAAAUGCUGAGAAAAAUGUGAGGCCGGCUGCAGGGGAACAAAGUUAUUACAGUGUUUUAGGGGGAGUGUCGCUCAAAACACACAAAAACUCGUGGUUAAGGACUGAGGCUGAGCAAACAGAGGCAGACGACAUGGGGCGUAAAAACUCUAGCAAGAGGAGGGUCAGGAAAAAUUCUCAAGGAGAUGGAAUCAAAAGCCCCACAGCAAAAAGCCCCACAGACAAAAACCCCAGAAACACUCAAUCCACAGAUGGAUCCCCUCCCGCAGGUCACUCUGCAGACAGUCUGCAGGGCAAAAGUCCAAGCACUCAGCUGAAAGAAGCAUCUACAGACUCCUCCUCCAAGCCAGCCCCCUCCUUACAGGUCUCACCUGAAGGAGGAGAAAGUGAGUUCUCCUCCUCGGAUAUGGUCAAGCAGUUGGACCAGUUCCAGAACUCAAUCUCAGCCUCUGCAGCCAGCCAGGCAGGCAAGGUGGAAGAGGGAGCGGACAUGGACGAGGACGAGAGUCUCUACAAAGUGCAGAGGAAGACCGAGACACCAGAGUCCAAACGCAGGAGUAUUAAGGUUUCCAAAACUGAAGUUAAGCUUUUUUCAAAAAAUGUUCCUCUUAAACCAAAACAAAGCACUACAGCAAAUCAGCAGGAUUUCAGCAAUACGUUAAAGGAGAUCGCAGAAGAAGAAAAGCCCAAAACAGAGACUGACGCAAGUGCCCCUGGUCCAAAGACGGUUGCUCAAGAGCCGAAACCUGUUGCUGGUCGGAUUGCAGAUAAAAUCAGCCUGUUUGAGCCGAAAAAACAAGAUGGGAGUGUCAACAAGACUUACCAGACCCCAAGAAGUGCUGAUGUCUCCCCAACCAGAUCUGUCUCAGACAGGCUUAAAAUGGACUUCCUUCUACCUGAGCAGAGGUCAAAAUCUGAAGAACGGUACGGCAGCUCCAGGUCAGCUGACAGUGAGAAACCAAUGACCAUCAAGGAGCGAAUGAGAAAAUUUGCAGAACCAUCGAAGCCUCAAGUAAAACCAGCACCGACUCAAAUGGCACCUGUUAAAGAAAUGUCUGUAAAAUCUCACGCCUCUGUGACGGUUCCAGUAUCAAAGUCGUCAGAACUUGACGUUCAAGAUAAACUCGAUACCAAAGAGCCGAUGCAAAGUAAAGCAAAGUCAGAGAUAACGUCAAGUCAAAAUGGACAGGAUAUUUCUGCUGCAGGGGUACCGAUGCCCCCUCAAGAACUGCAAGAAAUAGACUCUAAAGGUAGUGAAACAGAAGCAAAGGAUGUACAUCAAGCCACACAUUCAAGCACUAUUGAAAAAGAUGAUCUAGGAGAUUCUGCAGAGACUACCAAAAACAUAACACCAGAGCACAAAAGCCCAAGCAGAACAAGCUCCCGGUCUAAACGAAGGAAAAAUAAAGAAGCGGCUAGUCCCGUCAGCCCAAAUGCACAAACACAACCAAAGGGCUCUGAUGUAAAACAAGAGGAGGUGGGAAAUACAGAGGAGAUGUCCUCUACCCCCAAAAAACUUCCAAAAUUUAUGUCAUCUCAAAAAUUCCCCGGAGGCACUUCAGGAACACAGACUCUGACAGAAAAUGAACAGGAGGAGUUCAGAAAUGAAUCAAAGGAGGCUGCUGAAUCACCUGUCAACAGAGAUGAACCUGAUACUGCUAGCUGCAGCACUGAAACAAAAGGGACUAUUGACAGGAAGGCCAAAAUUGAACCCAAACAGGAGGAAAAAUCAGAAGAACAGAGCCUUACAGUUACACAAGACAGACAAAACUCCUCAGAGGACAAGAGUCAAAUUUCUACCACCUCUCUGUCAACACCUCCUUCAGCUAAACAGGAUUUUGAGACGCCACCUGCAGCAAAUCAGGAGUUAUCUGCCGAGCAACCUAAAUUAGAUAAAGAAUUAGCAAUGCAGCUCGACUCAACAAGUAAACAGGAAGAAGGAAGAGCAGCUAAAGAAGAAGCAGAACAAACCCAAUUUCCUCUGUGCACAGACACAGCACUAAUAUAUCAGGCUGAGGUUGAACAUGUGGAGAAAUUAGGAGUAAUUAACAGUGGAAAUCUACAUCAUACUGAAGAGAGAGACACAGAAAACACCCAGCAGCUUCUGCCUGCACACAAAACCUCUGCAAAGGGGGAUAUUUCAGACAGUGGGCAAAGUAUCUUAGGAAAGGAGCAGAGUUCUGAAAAAUCCAAACAACCGCAAACAACCUGUCAAAUGUCAGACAAUACCAUCGGAUCAUCAGCCCUCCACGACGAUACACAAAAACCCAGCGAGGCGAUGACUGUACCUCCAGAGAAAGCUGCUAUUUGUACAAUCACCCAGACUAAUGAGGCUGUGAGUGCAACAGAGAGUGAUAAAGAGCCACAGAAGGCAGAGCUGGCCACAAACGUGCCUCCUGAGUCACAAACAAAACUCUCAGAAAGCUCUGGAAUACAAAGCGAGCUGGUGGCAGGAGAAGCCAAGCCCGAUUCUGUAUCUGUGGAAAAAUCUGAGAAUCCACUUGAUGACUCAUGUACACAUGGAGCUAAUGAUGCCGAGCUGUCCGAGUCAGAGCCUAUUACCAAAGCAGCCACGCCAGAUGAGGGAGUGAGUGCAAAAGGCACUAAUGGCACUCUCUUGGUGGCACCUGCUCAGGUUGAUGUGACGCACAAGGAAAAGACAGAUUCAACUGCUAAAAAAUCAUUUAGUAUUUCUGACUCUCAGUCUGCACUAGGCAGAGGGCUCGGGGAAGAUGUCAGGGAAAAAGAAACCAUGGUGCCAUCCGUGCAAGAAAACUUGACAGAAUUCAAGAAGCCCACUCUUACUCACACAAGCACGGAAAGCAGUAUUGAUGUCUGUUCACUCAAAGAUGCAGAGAAAAUAACUCAGAGCCCCACUGAUAGCAUCACGUUUCACUUGACAGGUAAUAAAACAGAAAAUGCAGCGGAGAAAAAUAUCACUCUCCCAGCAAACAAACUUUCGCCUGUUGCUAAUGGUGAUUUGUCCUCGCAUUCACAACUCGGCAAAGUCGUGAAGGAGCCAGCGAAAGACACGUUGAGUCACACUCCAAAAGCUCCUCUCCCCCCAGAGGUUAAUAAGCUGAUCCCAGACCCAGUUCACCAUUCAUCCAUGAGGAAACUGAAUUUGCCAAGGGAGCUCAAGAAAGAUAAUUCCUUCCAACAGCAAGAGACACCAUCCAGCUGGCUAGACGUAGAUGUUCCCAAGCACAAGCUCAAAGUCCCAGAGGCAAAGCUGACCUCCUCUGGAAGUGAGAGCAACCUGUUGGACACUUCUGGUGAGCUGGAUGAUGAUGGUUUUGUUGAAAAAAUUAAGAAGCUCUGCGCCCCUUUCUCCCUCCCACCUCGUAAGCACAACCACCUUCGGACCCCCCAGCCUCCCUUUGCGAUGCCGGCCAUUAGGGAAGACCGCUUCGAGAAGUCAUUCGACCCUGAGGAAUUCACAUUUGGCUUGAGGAAGAAGACUCAGCUCACGUUAGAAACAACUCCAAGCCUUUUAGCCAAGCUCCAGAGCGCAGACACAAAAUCUGGCCUGAUACCCGCCAGGGCGAGUUUUGCUGACAGGAGCCUGCUGCUUGGUGGCCUCAGGGACAAAGAUGCUGGUAAGGGCGAGGCAGAAGGAAAGGAAGAAAAAGAUCAAAUAAAAGUUACGUCUCGCUUGGAGAGGAGCUCUGUUCUCAGCAGUCUCACCUCCUCUCUCUCAAGAGGCAAGCGGAAUGGAGCUCAGUCUCAGGCUGAAGGCACCGGCUCAGACGGCGUGUUGCCUAGCGAACCCCCCAAGCUCAGUCCUCUAACUUCACCCCAGCCGGCCCCUCCAAGCCUGAGAGACUCAACUCCAGUCAAACAAACAGUAGCCAAGCAGAAUGAAGAGGAAACCCGGGCUGCAGAGACUGUGGUCUGUGACUCAAGUCCUCCACUUCCUGCUUUUAACGACAUCAAGCUGCCUGACUAUUUAGAGAAGUACCUCCCACAGGAUCAAGCAAAAGCAGUGCCGGGAGUACUAGGACUGGACCAAGUCAAACCGGAGCUAACAGGGAAAAUGGCAUCUCUGCUUUCUGGAGGAAAGGCAGAGGAAGUCACGAAACCAGGUCUGGUGCUUCCUGACUCUGCAGCUCCAAGUUUUCCUGGGAUUCCUCCAACUGCACACCCUCAUCAUCUUUCCAAAGAGCCUUUGUCCCAACCACACGAGGCAAUCAGAAAUACCAAAAGAACUAUCAAGGGAUUUCACAUACGCCCUGGAAAGAUGGUGUUGUUUGAAAACGCUCAGUUUAGUGGCCAAGCGCACGAGAUUUACAGGGACGUGGCCGAUGCUUCUUCUCUGGAGCUCUCGCCUCUCAUGUCUGUAAAGGUCGUGAGGGGAUGCUGGAUCCUCUACGAGAAGCCUGACUUUCAGGGACGCACCAUCGCCUUGGAAGAAGGUGAAACAGAUUUAGAUUUAGAAAAUUUGUGGGCAGAGCCACAAACUGAACCACAGAAGGGCCCACCGAUUGCCAUAGGCUCAAUUCGACUUGCUGUCAGGGAUUAUAGCAUCCCUCACAUUGAUUUGUUUACCGAGCCAGAGGGCCGGGGCAGAGUGACACCGUACCAUGAUGAUGUGAUAGAAACUGGCUCAUUUGGUAUCCCACUGAGCACCGCUUCCAUCCAAGUCCACUCUGGAGUGUGGCUGGUGUUCACUGAUCCGGGAUUCGAAGGCAUGAUAGGCGUGCUGGAAAAAGGAGUGUAUCCUGUUCCUGAGGCUUGGGGCUAUUCAUCACCAUUUGUGGGAUCUCUUAGACCACUUAAAAUGGGUGGAUUCAAAGUGGAGAAUCCGAACGAAGUUAAGGCUUUGGUGUACGAGAAGGCCGGCUUUGAGGGCACCUGCUUAGAAAUAGACAGCGAUGUUUUGAGCUUUUACGAGACAGAAGAAGGCCUCGCUGCAGAGGGAACAAACCUUGAAACAAAGGCACUUAAAUCUGUGGGAUCUUUAAAAAUCAUUGGAGGAUUCUGGGUGGGCUACAACCUGCCCGGGUUCGAGGGUCAGCAGCACAUCCUGGAGGAAGGGGAGUACCUGGACUGCAGCGAAUGGGGAGGCUCUGAGCUUCUGUCGCUACGACCAAUAAUAUCUGAUUUUCUAUCUCCUCACCUGAAGCUGUUCACUGACAGAAACUUUGGCAAGCUUGGCGUGAACGUUAACCUCACCGUGCCUGUUGUUAACAUGGACGACACGGACUACGGCAUGAAGACGCAGUCUAUCGAAGUCAACAGUGGCGUCUGGGUUGUGUUUGAAGAGCCGGCCUUUUGCGGCGAGUCCUACGUCCUGGAAAAAGGCCUGUACGGGAGCCCAGAAGACUGGGGCGCGCUGCAGCACAAAGUUGGCUCAACUAUGCCUGUCGUGCUGGAUGAUUUUGAGAACACUGCCAAGUUUAAGGUGCAGCUUUUCUCUGAUCCCGGUUUCCAGGGCUCUGUCCUUGUCCUGGAGGACGGUGCGCAGUGCCUGCAGGAUGGUUUCUCAGUGGCUUCCUGCAAAGUCCUGGCAGGGAGCUGGCUGGCAUUUGAAGGGCAGAACUUCACAGGGAAGAUGUAUGUGUUAGAGGAAGGAAGUUACCCAGAUCUGAGAGCGAUGGGCUGUGUCGGCGGGAGCUCAUCCAUCCUGUCGCUACAGACUGUUGGCUUUGAGUUUUCUCUGCCAUCCAUCACUCUGUUCGAGCGGUGCGGUUUGCGGGGGAAGAGGGUGCUGCUCACAGAAGGAUCAGUCAACCUUCCGCUGGCGGGAGGAUGCAGCCGAGUCCAGUCUGUGCUGGUGGAGGGAGGCAUGUGGAUAUUAUACGAGGGAAUCAACUACAGGGGUGGCCAGAUUUUACUGAAACCUGGCGAGGUUCCCGACUGGCGGAAGUUCAGCAGCUGGCAGAAAAUUGGAUCUCUUCGCCCUCUUCUACAGAAGCAAGUGUACUUCCGUUUAAGAAACCGGCAGACGGGUCUAAUAAUGUCAGUGACUGGUGAUUUGGAUGACGUCAAACUUCUGCGGAUACAAGAAACUGAAGAGACGGACGGCGUGGAGCAGAUAUGGUCCUACCAGAACGGACAUUUACACUGCAAGCUCUUGGAGGAGUGCUGCCUGAGUCCAAGUGGCAGUGUCACGAUUGCUGGAAGCCGAGUCGGUCUCGCGCCGCCGGAGCUCAACAACCAAAUCCACGUCUGGAGCAUCACCCCUGAAGGCUUCGUCCGCUACAGCCCCAAGGCUGAUCUGGUCCUGGAAGUCAAAGGUGGACAUCACUACGAUAAAAACCAAGUGAUUCUCAACACACUUGACAAACAUAAACUACAGCAGAGAUGGCACGUGGAGGUCAUUUAAACGGCCUUGUUGAACUAAUUCCUCAUUAUAAGAAGAACUUUGUUGGAGGCCAGAAAGGGCAUUUGGCUUCAGAGCUGCGCAACCUUUCGAUGAGGUCAAUGCGGAGAGUAAAUUUUCUAGGAAUGUAUUAUUACCCAUUAAGCAUAUAUUAAGUAGGAACUUGAAAAUACUUUGAGUUUUUUAAACCUACAUAAAUGUUUCUUUUAGGUUUGUGUAAAUUUUUCCAUUUGAUAAGUCCGUUUCUCUGAUAAGUUAAACAGUGUUACCACUCUUUGUCCCUUUGUAAGUAACAGCGCGCCGCUGUGUCCUGCCUUACAAUCCAGCUGCAUAAAAUACAAGCAAUAAUCACCUGUCUUUUGUUUUACCAGAAUUAUUAAAGCUGUAAAACUUAUUUUUGUCAAUAAAUGUCUUAAAUAUA